AUGUCCCCCUGUCUCUCCGCAUCUCCUCCCACUUCUCAACCAGCUCUCCCCAUUUCGCCCCAUCUGUCCCCGACGUUAUCUCUCCCCAACUACCCCCAUCCCUCCCCCAUGUCCCCCCGCGUCCCCCCAUCUUCCCCUAACUUCUCCCACCUUCCCUUGUUGCCCCCCAUCUCUCCCCAUCUGUACCUCAAUCUCCCCCCAUCUCUCCUCAGUCUCCCCUCCCCCCCGCGCACUACCCCCGUUUUUUCCCCUAAUCCCCCCCGUCUUUUCUGGUCUCUUGCAUUUUCCUCCCAUUCCCCCAUCUCCUCUAUCUCCCCUCCCACUCUCCCUCAUUUAUCCCUCCAUCUCCCGCAUCUCCUCCCACCUCCCCCCAACUUCUUCCGCCUUCCCUCAUCUCUCCCCAUCUCUACUCAUAUCUCCCUUAGCCUCCCUCCAUCUCCCUCCCCGCGCCUCCCCCUACCUCUGCCCACCUCCCCCCACCUUUCCCAUCAUCUCCGCCCAUCUUACCCACGCCCAAAUCGCCGCCGUCCCCCCCUGAACCAGGACUUGCACCGCACGUAUCCCCAAGCACCCGCGCAUGGACACACCAGAGAGCCUCGCGGCUCUCAGGCGCGUGCUCGUGGCCUACUCCUUCCGGGACUCGCACGUGGGGGUACUGUCAGCUCUUCCCACACCUUCCCUUCCCUAACGGCAGGGCAUGAAGUUCAUGACCACGGCAUGAACUACGUGGCGGCGUGCCUGCUGCUGGUGACGCACUCCUCCCCUUCCAUCCCCACGCCCCUGCCCUCCCUCCCCCACUUCUCCACCCACUCGCCCUCUUCCCCUCUCCCCCUACCCACCAGGGCAUGA